CGUCAAAAUAAGCGGUGCGCGACUGACCGCCCACAUGGUUCCGUUGCCGGGCAACACUGCCACCCUUGUGAAUGUCACUUUGGAGGGAAUACCGUCAGAACUAGUUCCCCAUUUCCGGCAUCUCCUGCCAAUUCUGAGUCCGCUCUACUGGAGCACUGCAACUGAGCUGGACGGAGCGUACAAUGGUUACAAACUGACCAAGGGAGAGUUUGCAAGGGAGGUCCAGGUCCAGUAUACCACUGGUGAAAUUCUGCGUGUUUCGCAGUAUGGUAAAGGGGUUGACACCAAAGGCGUAUUGCAUGUGGAUCUCGUGGUGAGAGGGGAGGUGCCGGAGAUUGAGGCCAGCAGGCUGGUCAAAAUGACACCGUUCUGGGAGGAUUACACCAAGACUGGACCAGACUUAAUCCAGAGGGACCAUACUGUCAAGAUAUCCAGUAUCCAUGUUGUUUCUUCCUUACACGAUGAUGAGUGUCGCCGGUUGCAGCCCUGCUCCCACCUCUGCCACAACUCCGCUGGCAGCUACUACUGCUCAUGUUCGCCUGGUUACACACUGGACGUUGAUGGAAGACAGUGUAUCGAUAUCAAUGAAUGCUCCACUCUACUGGAUCCAUGCCCCCGUGGUCAGCAGUGUGUGAACUCGAUUGGUUCGUACACGUGCUCCAUGAAAUGUAGACGGGGCAUGAGACUCUCUGAUGACAGGCUGAGAUGUGAAGACAUUGAUGAGUGUGAUGUACCCCGUUCCCCGUGUGAACAAGUGUGUGCCAACUCUCCAGGGACCUAUGUGUGCAGCUGCAGACAGGGGUUUGAACUUGUAGCCAGCGGCAGAUGUACGGAUGUGGAUGAGUGCAAGGUGAAGACAGAUGCAUGUCCUCAAGGCCAGAAGUGCAUCAACUCUGUAGGAAGCUACAAGUGUGCAGUACGCUGUCCCAAAGGCUAUGAGAUGGUGAUAGGAGGGUGUGCAGACGUGGAUGAAUGCAGGACCAAUCAGCAUCGCUGCUACUACAACCAGAAGUGUGUCAACACGGAGCCCGGAUACAAGUGUGUGUGUCCACGGGGCUACAGGUCGGCAGGCCCUGGAACGCCAUGCUUUGACAUAGAUGAGUGUGAAGAGACGCCAGAAGUGUGUGCAUACCAGUGUGAGAACACUCACGGCGGAUACGAGUGUCUAUGUGCUCCUGGACAAGUCAGACUUGCAGACCGGAAAUCAUGUGCCGGCCUUGAAUUUAUUGACCAACCAACCAUUCAUGAUGUCAGCAGCCUGAGAGCAAACCCCUACACCCUCAGUAAAACCCUUCACAGCUCCUCUGAUACUGUCAAUGAAACGCGUCAUAGCAACGCAAACCCUGCUCGAGGGGCAACAACAGACAGCACUAGCACAAAGAGUGCGGCACGUUUGGAAGUUCCCACCGUUGCCCCUAGCAAUGGCUAUGGCACUGAACAAGGUCAAGGUCAUGUUCUUCAAGGUCAGGUUGUUCGACACACCGACCCUGUGAAUGGUUUUGGGGCAGAGGUUGAGUGGAUUGAAGUGUAUGAGAAGAAACAGAAACGGAAUAAAAAAGAAAAGAACAAGGACCAAAUGGAAAAAAACAGGAAGAAAGCAAAGCGAGGACACUUGACUAAGAAGUGUACUGAGGGCUUUGUGUUACAUGAUGGAUCUAAGGAGUGCCUAGAUAUUGACGAGUGUACAGAAGACCCCGGGGUGUGUCAGCACAACUGUACAAACACUGUGGGGGGCUACAACUGUACGUGUCCCCCGGGCUACCGUAUAUCCAAGGAUAAACGCACCUGUGAAGACGUGAAUGAAUGCAUUGAGUUUGAAAUCAACUGCGGGCGUGAGAAGAUGUGCUUUAAUACAUUGGGAGAGUUCACGUGCAUCGAUGUCCCCUGUCCAAGGGGCUACCAGCGGGACCCCAUCACAAAUAACUGUGUCCUUGAAUGCAUAGACGCCGAGAUUGCCUGCCCACAGUCCUCAAAGUUUGCAGACAUCAUCGAAUUCCGAACUCUGGCGUUGCCUAGCGGCGUCUUAGCACAACAAGAUCUGAUCCGCCUGACUGCGUACAACCAAAACAACGAGAUUCUACACAGGACAGUUUUCACAAUUCUGGAGAACGAUGUGCUUAUACCAUUCCAGAUCCGGCUGGAGGACGGGAUAGGUAUCGUGUACACGCCCCGCGUCCUUGAAGACAGCCGACUGUACAAGAUCAAGGUGCAGGCCAAGUCAUUUGACAAUGUGAAGGACAGUAUCCAGUACCAGACAACAUUCAUGAUUCAUAUCUCGGUGUCCGCUUUUCCGUAUUGAUAAUUUUAGGAAUUACCAUGUUUUUAUUUCCAAUAUGGUCUGUUUUCUUUUGCCUCUCUGUAUUUAAUGUUAAUUAAACAGUUCUCAGUAAUGAUAAUUCAGUUCUCAGUAAUGAUAAUUUUAUGUAAAGCUAUUGUCUGGUUCUUUUUAUUCAUUAAUGUAAUUUUUAGAUCACCUGGUGAUAAGGUGCACAUGGCAACUACCAUGAUCUUGUUUUGUAUGUCUUGCAUUAUUUUCAUUCAAACAAUAUCUCUUCCUAAUCUUGUUACCAAAUAUUGAGAAGAUCCUUGGUUGGCCCUCUUGAAAAAAAAUCAAAUCAAUUCUGUAUUUUGCCUAUGUAGGUCACCAAAGCUAAAAAUAGAAGAUUAAAGAAGUGGAUACUAAAAAAAACAAAGCUGAAACCACAAAGCUUAUGGCUGCAAUGUUGGUUUGUGACUGCCCCUUAAGUACCUUUACAAAGAUUCUGGAAGAAAGAAGCUUUGUCAAAACAGGCAAUAUACACGUAUAUUGAAAAUAACUUCCAAAAACUAUAAAACCACACAUAAAAAACCUUUGAUCUUUAGUAUUUAACAAGGGGUGCUGGUCCUCUACUCUUUCUUGUAGGUUCAAAACUGGCCAUGCACCAGAUGUCACAUUUUUAUACACCUGCCGUUCAAAACUUUUACUAAGGUGAGCUAUCUAGGGCCUUGUUACCUCUGUUGUUUAAAAUGAUAAUUGGUCACCAUUUAAGUCUACAUUAUACCCAUGUUACUACUUAAGAUAUUUACCGUUAGGAUAAACCCCUUACCAAACUGACUUACUCCCGCUUAUAUUCGAAGUAUAAGGGAGUUAUAUGCGGUUUAUAAACCGCUUAUAAGUCGCAUAUACGCAUUCAAAUCUCUUGUAUAAGCAAGAUAUAAGUCUAAGGCAGUUAUAAGCGAGAUGCAAGUCUAGAAAUGUUUCGCAUAUAAGCGGCUUAUAUGCGGUUUAUAAACUGUAUAUAACUCACUUAGAACAAAGCCAAAACUAUCCACCUUUUUCUUUCGCUUAUAUGCGGCUUAUACACCGCUUAUAUCCAAGCCUCAAACUGACCAAUCAGUUGACAUUUUUGUCACAUGACCCAGAUUGACCAAUCAUAGCAACACAAUACAAUAACAAGUUUGAAAUUUUCAGUCAAACACUGGUGUGUGUCUUUUUAAUGAUUUCUAACAAUGAUGCCCAAUAAAGAGAUAAAUAUAUAAAUCUUUCUAAUCAGAUACUGUUAAUGGUGUGUAUUUUAUUAUAAUUUAACAAAAUAACACAUUCAUUUUGAUGAAUAAGGUAUUAAAUUAGGGCAUAGACAUGUCACAGUUUGUCAAAAGUGGGUGGGGUAAUGGUCAGUGUUUUCUUGAAAACAAUAUAAUAAUUGGUAAGAUUUAUCUAUUUUAUUAGAUAAAAUAAUGAUAUAUAGUUAAAUGAUGUUCUUCUGACUAAUAAAAUGUUGUCUUGAUUUUGAGUUUUUAGCUCACCUGAUUGCUCAGGUGAGCUUUUGUGACCGGUCUUUGUCCGUCGUAUGUCCGUCCCUUACUUAACAUUUGCUCGUAAACACUCUAGAGGCCACAUUUCUCGUCCCAUCUUCAUGAAACUUGGUCAGAAGCUUUGUCCCAAUGAAAACUCAGCCGAGUUAGAAACUGGGUUGUGCCGGGUCAAAAACUAGGUCACUAGGUCAAAAAAAAGAAAAACCUUGUAAACACUGUAGAAGUCACAUUUCAUGUCUUCAUGUUACUUUGUCAAAAUGUUUGUCUUAAUGAUAUAUUGGUUGAGUUAAAAAGUGGUUCCAAUCCGUUGAAAAACGUGGCCGCCAGUGGGUGGGGCAGUUUUCCUUAUUUGGCUAUAGAGAAACCUUGUAAACACUCUAGAAGUCACAAUUUUUGCCCAAUCAUCAUGAAAGUUGGUCAAAACAUUGGUUCAAUUGAUGUCUCCGAUGAGUUAGAAAAUGGUCGAGAUCGGUGAAAAAACAUGGCCACCAGUGGGCGGGGCAUUUUUUUCUAUAUGUAUAUAGUGAAAACAUGUGAACACAUUAGAAGUCACAUUUUUGGCCCAAUUUUCAUGAAAUUUGCUCAGAACAUUUGUUUUCUUGAUAUGAGAGUUGAGUUAAAAAAUGGUUCCGGUCAGUUGAAUAACAUGGCUGCUGGGAGGGGGGCAGUUUUCUCAUUAUGCCCCCCCCCCCCUUUCGAAGAAGAGGGGGUAUAUUGUUUUGCUCAUGUUGGUCCGUCCGCCCACCAGAUGGUUUCCGAAUGAUAACUCAAGAGCGCUUAUGCCAAGGAUCAUAAAACUUCAUAGGUACAUUGAUCAUGACUCGCAGAUGACCCCUAUUGAUUUUCAGGUCACUAGGUCAAAGGUCAAGAUCACGAUGACUGGAAAUAGUAAAAUGGUUUACGGAUGAUAACUCAAGAACACUUAUGCCUAGGAUCAUGAAACUUCAUAGAUACAUUGAUCAUGACUCGCAGAUAACCCCUAUUAAUUUUCAGGUCACUAGGUCAAGGUCAAGGUCACGGUGACCUGAAAUAGUAAAAUGGUUUCCAGAUGAUAACUCAAGAACGCUUAUGCCUAGGAUCAUGAAACUUCAUAGGUACAUUGAUCAUGACUUGAAGAUGACCCCUAUCGAUUUUCAGGUCACUAGGUCAAAGGUCAAGGUCACAGUGACCUGAAAUAGAAAAAUGGUUUCUGGAUGAUAACUCAAGAACGCUUAUUCCUAGGAUCAUAAAACUUCAUCAUGACUAGCAGAUGACCCCUAUUGAUAUUCAGGUAACUAGGUCAAAGGUCAAGGUCACGGUGACCUGAUAUAGUAAAAUGGUUUCUGGAUGAUAACUCAAGAACGCUUAUACAUAGGUUCAUGAAACUUCAUAGGUAUAUUGAUAAUGACUCGCAGAAUACCCCUAUUGAUCAUCAGGUCACUAGGUCAAAUGUCAAGGUCAGAAUGCCAAAAAACGUAUUCACACAAUGGCUGUCAAGGUCUCGGUGACUCAACUUAGAAAAAUGAUAGUCGGAUGAUAACUCAAGAAUGCUUACGCCUAGGAUCAUGAAACUUCAUAGGUACAUUGAUCAUGACUCGCAGAUGAAAUAAUGAUGAAACUUGACCAGGAUGUUUGUCUGGACAAUAUCUAGGUCAAGUUUGACAUUUGGUAAAGAUUGAAUGAACCGACUCCUCUCAGGUGAGCGAACAAGGGCCAUCUUGGCCCUCUUGUUUUGUUUUAAAGAAGGUCUAUAUGCGCGCCUGACCUAUUCGUUGUUUACAUGUAAGAAAUCUUAAGUGAUGAAAGUGAUGUUUGAUCGCCCGUUAAGUGACGUAUGCUAUUGUAAGUUAUUACUUCUUUUCUAAAUAUAUUUUUAAUUUUUAUUGGUUGCAAUACACUCGUUGAAGGCUUAUGGUUAUGUAACAUUCAAAGCAUGAAAACUUGAAUAAAUGGAGUUUAUGACAAAACAAUUUUUAACAGGUUCCCCACCUUUUGAAGGUGUGAUGAACCCUUAAACUGAUAAAGCAGCAAAAAUUUCUGUUGCUGUGACGGAUAAAUGUGUUCCAGCAUAUGCCGUUUUUUAGCUCUACUGGCCGAAGGCUGCAAGAACUUAUAUGAUGGUAUGGUUUCCGUCGUCCGUCCGUGCGUCCGUCCGUCCGUAUAAGCGGCUUAUAUGCAAACUGCUCAAUUUCUUUAUAGCUCGCAUAUAAAUCGCAUAUAACUCCCUUAUACCCCGCUUAUAUGUAUCCAAUUUUUAUAUGCCGCGUAUAUGUCUCAUUUGCAUGUAAAAUGCCAACAUGCAGCUAAUAAGCGACUUAUAUGCGAAACUUGUAAACCGCUUAUAUGCGACAUAUAUUUUUUUUGGUAAGGGACAUUGUAAAAUAGUUUUGAUCUUUAUGUGCACAUCAAAUUUUUGUUUAAAUAUAAAAUGAACUGCAGAUUUAAAUGUAUGUCAAUCAGUUAAAAACAAAGCGCUUGAUGCUGUAAUAUAUUAAACAAAACAAUUGUUUAAAUUCUAUGAACAUUUUAGGCUUCUAUAAAAUAUUAAAAACUAAAUUUAUUUGUGUAUCAUUUAUUGAUUGAAAGGGGCAUACAUUAAAUAUAAGUGAUUGU